UCCACUCCUCACACCUGGUGUCUGUGAUGCACCGUUGCUCUUGGCAAUGUUUCACUUCUGUAUUUUGGUACUUUUUUGGGACCUGGGUGUUACUCAAUGCUUCCGCUUGCUGCUUGCCCUGAGCACUCUUCCCUGUCAUGCUGCAACAUCUGUGCAACACACUUCCAGCCUUGUCUCCACCUGACUGUAAGACACCAGGCCAUGUGAAAGUACAACCCUGCCACCUAGACUAAAUAUCAAGAUAUUACAGUUAGAUUUGAGAAAACAGUUUGUAACUUGACCCAAAUGUUAAAAAAAGGUAUGUAUAUCAGAAAAUAUUAAAUCAUCUCAUAUUUUAAAAUUGUCCCCAUUUAACUUUUAGAAUGAGGCAAGUCAUUGAACUUUUCUCUAUCUCAGCACAGCGGAUUGUCCCUCCAAAAAUGUCAUUACACUCGUUCUGGGAAGGUGAAUUUGGUGCCUCACCAGUCAGACUCAUCUGCAUGUUAAAUGGCUACUUCCCUGAUGGACUGAAUGUGGAGUGGAAGCAGGAAAACAAACGUAUUGCGGAUAAACAAAUCUCAGUCUCAAAGUCUCAGAGUGUGGAAGGGGUGGAGCAAACCUUUAGUUUAAGCAGCGAGAUUGUGCCAAAUAUAACAAAGUGGGAAAGUGGCUCAAUUUAUAAAUGCAAGUCCACUCAAAAGAAACAGGAAUUUCUAAAAACAACAAGUAUUUGUCAUGUCCAGGCAAGUGCCCAUCCCGGCAUUGAUGUUGAUAUUCCCAGCUUCAAGACUGUAAUGAUGGCAGGAUCCACGGUGAAAGCUACAUGUUUGGUCCACACUAUGUUUAAAGCCAAGGUGACCUGGCUGAUGGAUGGGGCAGUUAGACAAAGCAGCUCAGUGCAGACUAACACAACUCAUAUUCUCAGUGAAGUGACGGUGUCCUCAAGUGAAUGGAAACAACUUAAGUUGCUGACAUGUAAAGCUAAACACAAGUGCUUCUCAUCCACUGAGAAGACUGUGAAUGUUGCAGGGCCUGCAGUUACAGCUCCAUUGGUUGGAAUCAGGAGAUCUUUAAAGGAUUUGCUGGAAGGAGGUAGUGCUGUGCUGAUUUGUGACGUCACAAACCUCUCAUCACAUGACCUGUACGUCACCUUUCAGACCAACGGUGUUGACAUUCCUGGUCAACAUUAUGUCGAUCUUCCUCAGGCACCAGGCCUCCAUUCAAUCAGUACAAGUUUCCCUGUGCCUCAAAGUUACUGGAAGCAAAAUGCAAAUUUCACCUGCAAAGUGAACCAAGGCUUCUCCAACAGCUUUGAAUCAAACUCUACUGGCAGUAUUUUUGUGGACCCAUCAGUGGAACUUCUUCUGGCCCCCGGUGAAAAAUCAGGACCACAGAAACUCUUGUGCUCUGGAUCGGGCUUCGACCCACAAAUCAAAUGGUCUUUUGAUUCUCAGCAAAGAUCUCCAUCAACUAAUGAAAUCAGCAUGGAUGCAGAUGGACAUGUGGCAGUGACCAGUCAACUUCAUAUCCCUCACACAGAGUGGAGCACAGGGAAGGUCUUCACUUGUGAAGUUCAUGACAAGUCUCUGAAGAAAACUGUGAGAAAGCACAUCAGCCUCUGCUCAGCUUAUUCAAGUGCCCCUCCUUCCAUCCAUGUGGAGAUUCCCAGCUUCAACACUGUAAUGAUGGCAGGAUCCACGGUGAAAGCUACAUGUUUGGUCCACACUAUGUUUAAAGCCAAGGUGACCUGGCUGAUGGAUGGGGCAGUUAGACAAAGCAGCUCAGUGCAGACUAACACAACUCAUAUUCUCAGUGAAGUGACGGUGUCCUCAAGUGAAUGGAAACAACUUAAGUUGCUGACAUGUAAAGCUGAACACAAGUGCUUCUCAUCCACUGAGAAGACUGUGAAUGUUGCAGGGCCUGCAGUUACAGCUCCAUUGGUUGGAAUCAGGAGAUCUUUAAAGGAUUUGCUGGAAGGAGGUAGUGCUGUGCUGAUUUGUGACGUCACAAACCUCUCAUCACAUGACCUGUACGUCACCUUUCAGACCAACGGUGUUGACAUUCCUGGUCAACAUUAUGUCGAUCUUCCUCAGGCACCAGGCCUCCAUUCAAUCAGUACAAGUUUCCCUGUGCCUCAAAGUUACUGGAAGCAAAAUGCAAAUUUCACCUGCAAAGUGAACCAAGGCUUCUCCAACAGCUUUGAAUCAAACUCUACUGGCAGUAUUUUUGUGGACCCAUCAGUGGAACUUCUUCUGGCCCCCGGUGAAAAAUCAGGACCACAGAAACUCUUGUGCUCUGGAUCGGGCUUCGACCCACAAAUCAAAUGGUCUUUUGAUUCUAAGCAAAGAUCUCCAUCAACUAAUGAAAUCAGCAUGGAUGCAGAUGGACAUGUGGCAGUGACCAGUCAACUUCAUAUCCCUCACACAGAGUGGAGCACAGGGAAGGUCUUCACUUGUGAAGUUCAUGACAAGUCUCUGAAGAAAACUGUGAGAAAGAACAUCAGCCUCUGCUCAGUAACUCCAGCAUCAUCUAUGACAGUUGGCGUGUAUGUUCAGGGACCACCAAUCCAGGAGCUUAUGAAUAUGAGACGGGUGAAUAUCACUUGUCUUCUGGUCGGCCCAUCCCUUAGUGAUUUCUCUGUCAAUUGGAAAGUAGGUGGCAACAGUUAUUCCCUGAAUGUCCAUAAGGAGCCACCAGUGAGUCACAGCAAUGGGACAGACACUUUGUGGAGCUCCCUGACUGUCUCGGUGGAGGAUUGGCAUGCAUAUAAACAAGUGUCUUGUGAAGCAAUGCACAGAUGUUCCAACAAGGGCUACGUGGAUCAUAUAAGCAAAAGCAAAGACAUGCAUCAACCAACGGUGAAGAUAAUACAACCGACUACCUCUGAGCUGCGUCCAUCAGACGUCACCGCACUAAUUUGCCAAGUUUCUGGAUUUUUUCCAGCCAACAUCAUAGUGAACUGGGAGGAGAAUGGCCAGCGACUCCCCUCUACUCGUUACACCAACAGUCCUGCAUGGAAGUAUACAGGGAGCAGCACUUAUUCAAUGAACAGCAGACUAAACGUUUCAACAACUGACAACAACGAGUCUGCGUACUCUUGUGUUGUCAGGCAUGAGUCAUCUGAAAGGCCUUUUGAAAGCACUCUAAAGGAUAUUUUCGCCUCAGAGACAUACAGCAAACCUUCGGCCACCAUUCUCCAGGGCUCUGGUGAACUUGUGUGCUUGGUCUUUGGCUACAGUCCAGCAUCCAUCAACAUCACUUGGUUUCUUGAUGACAACAGGGAAUUGUUGGGCUACAACACUAGUGAACCCCACCAAGGCCCUAACGGAAAGUUCAGCAUCCAAAGCCACCUUAGUCUGUCCCAAAUCAUCUGGUUACCUGGGGCUAGCGUCACCUGCAGGGUGACACAUGCCAACACCAGCCUAUCCCUGAAUUUAUCAAAAUCAAACAACUUGGAGGACUGUAAUUUUCUAGAUGACAUCCUGCAUGCAGAUGUGAACCAAGAAACAUGUGUGGAAGGCUGGUAUUUGGCUUUCACUUUUCUCCCAUUUUUCCUGAUCUCCUUCAUCUAUGGUGUCUUUGCUACCAUGUUUAAGACUAAAUGAUGGUACCAUUUUAUGAUCCAAAUGUGGACUUUUAAUGGCAUACCAUUUUAAAGUAUCAUUUUCUUUUUAUAUAACUAUUGUCAAAAAAAAUGUUUAAUAUUAUAUUCUUUAUACGUGUCAUUAUGUAUUUUGUGUGGACACAUUAUUGCAUUAAGUAAUAAACAUUACAAUUUGAAAAACA